AUGCCCGUCCCUUUCGAGACUUUCCUGCCCUACGCCAUCAUGGUUGUCAUGUUUGGUGCCACGGGAACUGGCCUCGCUGCCAUUCGUACGUGGCAGAAUGAUGGCAAGCGUCCUCGCUACUCCCUCGACCAGUGGGACAAGCAAAUGAUGGAGCGUGACAACCGUCUUACAGGGAGACCACGUGGGCAGACAGACAAGCCCGAGGCUCCCUUCGGCUUCGAGUACUCUAAUGGCUGGAAGCUCGAGAAGCGCUACAACUAG